AUGGGAUCGUCGACAGAGCACACAUACCGGGCCCUUUCCGACCCGUUAGUCCCGUCUCCCAGACAGUUCAAGAAGCAUAAGAGCUUGCCUCGACCGCCAAAUGAUAUCGACCUUGCCCCAGAUGCCGCUGCCUCUCGCGCCGCCUCGCAUGCCUAUCAUCUGGUUCUCGAUGCCUCGUACGCACUCAGCUCCUCCGCCACCCACUCAUCCCCGGCUGCUGCCGCCCAAACCCUCAAGCAGACGUCACGACGCCUCGCCUCGUCCUCGUCUGCUGGUCCUGACCCUCCGCCAACACCCCCGGCGCACUCCCGUGCUUCCUCUAGCGGCCACCCCACACUGGACCCCAGCCCGACCACGACGGAACCUCCCAGAUCACAUCCUCCCCUUGCGCUGCGCAAACCUCCCGUCACGCCACCCGAUCAAAGGAGCCCCCCGACUCCUGACGUAACACCUCCCCAGCCCAAAACAGCCCUGAAAUUUGUCCGUCAACCUCGCUGGGAACAAUCUCCUCCCGGCGCUACCCCGACAGACUCUCGCAACGACUCGUUCAAGACGGCUCAGGAAGAGCAAUUCUCAUCAGAGGAAGACCAUGCUCGUACUGUCUCAAAGUCCCGAACCACUUCGGCGCGAACCUCCCAAGCCACCAUCUUGCGCAUUCCAGAGAUGCCUGCACCUGCUCCCGUGCAGCCGCAGCCAUUGUCUGCCGCCCCAGAGAGCGCACCCGUCAGCGCGCAUCAGCUUACACCACGCACCAUGAAGGCAUUUCACCAAUUUGAUGGCGAAUGGAACUCGGCGCGACAGCUAAUGAGCGAUCGCAACCACGAACACCAGCAAGACGGCAAACGAUCGCAGGUAGUGGUCAGUAAGCGGAAGCGCCCGCUUCCCAAGACGCCCGUCGUUACACCCUCACCUGUCGCCAAACGCGAGGUGGUAGAAGACCAUGUCGUCACCCCAACCGCUGCCACUCGCGCCGCACGACAUAUUCAAGUUCGCGACAAUGCCGUUGUAGAGGCAUCGCCCGUCAGCUCCUCUUUGCGAUCCACUUCCGAGACCUCUGCCAGUGUCGACGCUCGGCGGUCUUCGGCAACAUCCGCCCGAUCAAGUUCUUCGGCCGUCGUUGAAGUCCUUGUGAUGAAUGGUCCCGCUCAACCACCCCAGCGAAGACAAACACUCCGGCAUGUCAAGAAACAUACUCUGUUGCGCCAACCUCCACAUGUUCCUGACAGAUCGUCAGGUGGCAGUUUUGAGGGUCACAGGCGGCUGCCCCAGCCGCAGCGCAAGCGUCUAGAGAGCCCAGUGUCACGCGACCGCAGUCGACCACCCAGCACUCAAGUCACUUCCAACCACUCCAUUGGAGAUAACAGAGCGCGCCGUGAGAUUUGGAGCAAUGGGGGCAUUCCGGUCAUUGUUGUGCCAGAUAGACGCUCCUCGAACCGCAGCAAAUCGCGCGAGCCCUCGCUACGCUCUACUUCCAGCAGACGCUCCAAGAGAUCUGCGAGCGUGGGCUCGCCUCAACGACCCAGGGGCUCUUUAGAUACUUCACGGCCGGAGUCUUUGUCCCGUGGCAGGAUUUCUGCCAGCACCGCGGGCGAUGAGCGAACUAUGGAUUUUGCUCCAGCGAUUCCGCCUCGCUCCUCGUCGCUAUCCGCCCCGACCAGCCGCAACGUCUCUCGCACGAAUUCCUUGACUGCUGAGAGCAUUCGUGCGCACAAUGCCUUGCAACAACGGGAGGACGAAGCCAAGUCAGCCCAGGCAGUCAAGACCGAGCGACGAAUGGGUGAGGCGUUCCCAUUCCUCGGCCCGGCUCCCGCGUCAAUCUCUCCUGAAAAGCCUACUGAGGCUCAUUUUAGCCGCGACAUUCCUCUGAGCCCACCGCUUGAUCAGCUACCUGCCGAAGACGGGAUGAGUGCCAAAAAGUAUUCCUCUCGAAACACCCCUUUCUCAGUCGCGUCAGUUGCCACUACUGGAACUGCACCAGAAGUCUCAGAGGCAUUCGCAAUACACAUGUACCCACACCAGAACUCGUCUGUCGUAAUGGUCAACCAUUCUGCUCGGCCAUCUGACGCCUCCAGUGCCGCACGCGCUGAGUUGUUGCCUCAGCUUGUCCCCACCAUUACCACCACUGACACUCAAGACGAGCCGCCCGUAACGCCCCCCGAACAGCCGAUCAAGGCGGAAGACGUCGAUUCCCCCCUACGCAAUCCCCGAGCACCGCCUGAGCCUCCGACGCAUCUCCCCGUGCUCAACCUGAUUCCUGCGACGCCGUCUGGGGCUACACCAGCCGAUGAGAAUGACAAGAGAUUGGGAAAUAUAUUUGAAACGUCUCCGCCAAGACGCGAAUCCUUGCUCAAGCGAGCGUUCAGCCGUCGUCGUCGCAACUCUCUCGAUUACCCGCCCACCACCUCUAAGCCUGCCGGCAGACUGACGCGGUCAUUUUCGCUAUCGCGUUCUUUGGGUCUAGACUCGAAACUUCGUCCGGGUUUUGAAGCAGACAUCGACGGCGAGCUGUCGCCUAGGGAGGCGAGCGAAAGACCUGUAGAACGAGAGAAGCUGCAUCCGCUAUGGCGUCCGCAAUAUGACGACGAAGAGUGCGAGUUUGGCGACAGCUGUCCUCACCACAGCAAGCGCGACACUAUAUACCGCUAUCCACUAGUGGACAACCGCCCUCACCCGCCAAAGAGGAGCCUCAGCGCCCGCGUGAAGACUACAUUUGCGAUUUUGCCGACCCGAGACGAGAGGCAGUAUCCAGCCGAGGAGAGCACGAGUUGGCCAGAGCGGCGAACUAUUCAGCGGACUCCCAGUGGCAACUUGCGAGUGAUGCAGCGUCGCAACAGCCUCGACUCUCUGCCCAUGUCACCCCGGCUCAACAGAGGACAGACGGAGCCGCUGCGCUCGUCCGUGGCCACGGAGCAAACUCGGCCAUUUUGGCGCCCCGGCGCGCUCCGACGCGCCGAGACGGUAGACACCGGAACGGGCCGACGCACCCGACGCUUCUCGUUAAGCGAUAGGCUAGAAGACUUUCCCGGCAUCCCGCGCAUCCUGAACGAGAAGCGACGCGAAAAGAGGACGCAGGAGCUGCGUCAGAUGAUUAGCGCGCCUACCAAUGUCCGCGACGGCGUGGGGGAGGUAAUUCGACGCGGCAACGGGGGCACUCGAGAACCCUUUCAAGCGAAUCACUCUAGCUUUUGA